AUGUUCUCAACCUUCACAGGCAACUCGAGGCGGCCGAGGAACGUGAACCUAAGCGGCCAGGCCAGCAACCCGUUCUCCAACACAUCAUGGACCCCCUCGGCCGUUUCGAACGCUACAAAGACCGUCUCGGACGCACAGGCCGACAGAGAAAAGCGACAGGCCGAGAGGCGGCGUUUGAAGGCGGCGUCGCAGAUACAGAGAACAUGGAGAGGAUAUAGAUCGCGGUCCACUCUGAGGGACCAGCACCGGCAUGACUUCGACCUCAUCUACCAAUCUCUACCAGAUAGUGAUGUUUCCCGGAGGGUAUAUGUUUCUUUCCCUCUCCUUUUGUCCUUCUUCUCGCCCAACCGAGCCGGCGACAUGCAACGUCUGUUUUUAUUCAUCAACGACUGUAAUAGUAUUUCCCUUCAGCAAUUUAGCGACGCCAGCCGUCAUCCCUCACGCCUUCAAAAAUUAAUGGUCAAGCUUGUGCAAGCUUUGGGCGUUUCUGUUUCCAAAGAAAAUACGUCAUUGGAAUUACAGUAUCUCCUAUCACUGAUCAACCACCUGGCCACCAACUUCCCCUUCACAAUACUUGGAUCGGUCGACGAGUUCUAUACAGCCUUGGCCAAGUUUUGCCAAUCAAGGCGCGACCGAGAAUGGGUGGACAUAGUGGUCAGAUCUCUCUCCGCACCAUUGAGCGCAGGUGCGGGAAACAAUUCGGAUGCAUAUAGGGCACUGGCGCUUCGAUUUCUAACAGCCCAGGAUCUCUAUCUCUUUGAGGAGAAUAUCGAUCAGGUGGCCCAAAGCAUCGACACAGAGAAGCUCGCGGUCGAAAUACUCAAUGCGUAUAGCUAUAAAUCCGAUGCUUUACCCGAAAAAGACCGUCUCUUCUGGCUCUUGGCUCAUUAUAUCGAUUUGAGUAGAGCGCAGAAGAGUUCAACCCAGAAUCUGGUCCAUCUGAGCGUUGUUUUCACCCAGCUAUCUGCUCUAUCAUCCGAUAUCAGUAUUCGAAUAAAUCCCGACGACGUGACUACCGGGUCUCUUGCAUUCUCCUCGUCGUCUUACAUUUCCCGUCAAUUAUUGUGGCUCGUGGACAAUAAUGGCAUCUCCAAUCUGCUGCAUGAUUUCUCCACUAGCCUGGCACAGUCUUCAACACAAGAGCUCGAAGGAAGUGAGCUCCUUGCUGGCUAUAUCUUGGCUUUGCUUCAAAGUUUCCCUAGCAGAGCGGACGAUACCCGCAUGAGGCUGUUUCUCGAGGAGAUACCCACUACAGAGGGGCAGGUGCCCAUCGUCAAAUACCUCUGGCAGAUGAUGACCAAGACCUCAGUGUUUCAAAAGCUAAGAACAGAGUCUGAGCGACCAGCAAAGAUACUUCACAGGUAUUUCUAUGGCAGCUCCUCUCAGCCCUCAUUGCACACGGAAGAGCAGGAAUGGAGAAUUAUCCUGUUAUUCCUGGAGCUUUACACUUUUAUUCUCAGGAUCAGUGAUGACGAAGAUUUUUUAAGUGGCAUUUACCCUCAAGUUUUGAGUAGCGACGUGCCAAAGUCACGCACCCGAUCGUGCAGCUUGGCGUUGAAGGAUGUUGAAGCGCUCAUCACUUUCCUCAAGAAUACCGCAUUCGCUCUACAUUACAGCGUUCAAGAGAUCACCCAGACUCAGGCAGCUCUCGAAGCGUCAUCAAAAUCUCGACUAGAGUCAUAUUGGGGAGAUUCUUCAAAGAACCUAGAGGAAUCCAGGGGCCCCAGCAAGAGUCCAACCUCGGAGGUCUCCACGAAGCUCGAUCUGGAGAGCCUUCGCGCCAUCAUCACAACUUCAUUAAAAAUGCUCUACGAGAGAGACUCGAGGAAGCAUUUUCUAUCGGCAAACCACUGGCUUAUGACGAGCAAAUUGGAGAAGGAAGACUUCAUCGGAGCCGUCAUAGCAGAAGAAGAGAGGCAGAUUCAAGAGCAGGCCGACGAUAGCGACAUAGAGGCUGAUGAAAGUCAAGAUCCUUCGUUUGAUGACGGUUAUGGACUGCAUUCAACUUUUGCCGCGCAACGGCUUUCCCGCAAUGUGAGACUGGAAAGGAUCAAAGCUAACCAGAUGCGCGCCCAAAGGGAACGACGGCUCGCCGAGAUGGGACCCAAAUUAGAGGUGCUAAAGCACAUCCCGUUUGUUGUUCCGUUUGAGACGCGAGUAAUGAUAUUUCGGCAAUUCGUCAACCUCGACAGAGUUCGUAGAGGUGGGAAUCAUUCGAUGUUGAUGGCUCCGGUUGGAAGGCAUCACGCAAAGAUCCGCCGUGGUCAGCUGUUUGAAGAUGCAUUUGAGCAGUUCUACCAGCUCGGAGAAGGUCUCAAGGACCCCAUUCAGAUCACCUUUGUUGAUCAGUUCGAUACGCCCGAAGCGGGUAUCGAUGGCGGCGGUGUUACCAAGGAAUUUCUAACGAGCGUUACGUCAGAGGCCUUUGGAAACGGGGCCGGGGGGCUUGGAAUGUUCACAUCCAGUGGCAAAGAACUGCUGUAUCCUAAUCCCACGGCUAUGGAUGUGCUUCGUGAAUCACUGCGGAAGCAAGGGUUGACGGAAUCCGAUCCUGAGUGGAGAGAGGCGAUGUCUGGUUUGCUCAGACGAUAUGAAUUUCUCGGCCGCAUUGUUGGCAAGUGCAUGUAUGAAGGCAUUCUUGUUGAUCUUGCGUUUGCCGGGUUUUUCCUCCUGAAAUGGCCAUCACCCAAUCGAAAGGAGGAGAACAACUACAAGGGAAGUGUCAAUGAUCUUCAAGACAUGGAUGAAGAGCUAUACAGGGGCCUCCUUAACCUCAAGAAUUAUUCCGGGGAUGUUUCCGCCCUGGGGCUAGACUUUACCAUAACGGACCAGAUAUCGGCACCGGGCGAGCCCGUCGAGAUUGUCACAAGGAAGUUGGUACCAGGUGGCGACGAGAUGCCGGUUACAAACGACAAUCGCCUACUUUACAUAUCCUACGCAGCUCGCCAUCGCUUAGUUGUACAGCCGGCUCCCCAGACGACCUCUUUCCUGCGCGGACUUCGCGAGAUUAUCCGGCCGUCGUGGCUGUCCAUGUUUAACCAGUCUGAGCUACAGCGCCUGGUUGGCGGUGACUCGAUGGCAAUUGAUGUUGAAAACCUACGCCAAAACACAGUCUACAGCGGCCUUUAUGCCAUAGGCGAUGACGGGGAGGAACACCCCACGAUCAAGAUGUUCUGGAACGUCAUGAACAGCUUGACAGACGCCCAGAGGCGCGAUGUUCUCAAAUAUGUUACGUCGACCCCAAGAGCACCGCUGCUUGGCUUUGCACAACUGAAUCCAAAGUUUGCCAUCCGGGAUGGUAGCUCGGAUCAGGAACGACUACCAAGCGCGAGUACGUGUGUCAAUCUAUUGAAGCUGCCGAUAUACAAGUCGGAAUCAACUUUACGAAAGAAAUUGCUCUACGCGAUUACGGCAGGGGCUGGAUUUGAUUUGAGUUAGAACUUUAAGGCUAGGUUAUCAGCAUGAUAGACGGGAGAAAGAGUUGGAUUGCAAGGAGUCGGUGUAUGGUUUUUACCUCAAUAGCAAUAUUAGAACAGGACUAAUAUUUUGGAUUACGUUUGCGCU